CUCACCUAAUUCAAGAAAGAUUAUUUUUCUAUUUAGUGAAAUUUAAUCAAGCUACCAUUAUAUCAAUCGUUUCAUAUCUGUAUAAUAAUUGUAUAGAUUACGUUAUAUAUUAUCAUAUAUGACAAUAAUGCCUAACAAUCCCCCAAUAUUUUCAACGAGAAAAAUCGAUUUGUUUGUACCUGAACGUGAAGAGCUUGCUUCAGUUCUACAAAAUGGACUUAGGUACCAUUUUGUAGAGGCUACAGUCGAAUGGGUGGAUUGUCCUGAUCUGACUCAAGAACCUUUCAAUCUUGCCACAUCAGGAUUAUGUGGUGAUGCGGUAAUUUCGGAAAUAAGUGGUAUGUCUUACCUGUUUCCAUUUAUGGAAUCGGAAUUUCAAUACAGUAUUAAAAGAAUUAUAAAAGAAAUUUAUAAUAACUUCAAUAAUGGCUUGAUCAUUGGAGCAAGUAUUUGUUUACGUCUACAACAACAAUAUUUGGUUCAAUUAGGCGAACUUAUUAUGAACGCAUCCUUCUCACGAAUAACCGAAGAUGAUAUAGAAAUAAUAAACAAAAGCCACCUUGCAUUUCUCGAUGAAACAACAGGAAGAUGUGCACUAGAGUCGAUAACUAAUUCCGAUCCUCAUUGCUAUCCACACGGCAAUUUUUUCAUUAGUGAAGGAAAGCCGGGACAGGUUCUUAAAGUGCGGGCUAAGAAACGCAUUGGUUUGCAAUUUUUAACGGCAUUACAGUAUUCACUUGAGAAGAAAUACUCCAGUGGUAUUUAUCCAAAACUAAUCGGCUUAGGUGGCACAUUUGUAAUGAAAAGUGGAAGAGCAAGACAUCACAUUAUGCCAUAUAACUGGGAUAACAACUUAACAAACGCAAGGAGUAUUCAUAACUGGCUUCAUUAUUGUGACUUAGAUGCACCUUUGGUAGCGGUUGGCACGCUUCUUAGCAGUAACCUUGUUUACAAAGACGCUUGUAAAUUUUCUGAUCUAGAGGUAUGUGGGCUUACUGAAACCCAUUUUCACACUUUUUCCUCUAACGGAGCAGCAGGUGGACACUUUUAUACAGAUCUCGAAUCCAUGGAUCCAGUAGAAUAUUUGGGAUAUUUUUAUCCUGCAAGAAUAUUUAAUCAUGUCGAUCCACGGCCUAGUUGCAAUGAACUGAUAGAUUUUACAGACGUAAUGCGAUUGGCGACCAUCUGACAGAUCGCACUCAAUUUUAAUUAGAAUAGUAUUGCUGAUGCAAUUAUUGAUUUGUUAUUUAUAAAUUUUAAUAUUAAAUUAUACUGCUUUUUUAAAGAUAUCUUAUGUAUUUUUUUUUAUAUUUUAUAUAUAUUAUAUUAAAUUUUUUUUUUUUUAACAGCUAUUUUAUGCUUUUAUAUUAUAUCUUUUAAAUAUUUUUUUUCUAUUAUUAUAAAGAAAUCUAUUAUUAUUUGUAAAUUAUAAAAUAAACUUAU